AUGCGCCUCGGCUUCCUAGGCCUAGGCACAAUGGGCACCCCCAUGGCCCUCAACCUAUCCCACCACUUCCCCCUCACAGUCUGGAACCGCUCCCCCUCAAAAUACUCCCCCCUCCUCCAACCCGGCAGCACCGCCAAACCAGCUGCAAACCCCCUCCAACUAAUCCACCAAUCCGACCUCAUCUUCCUAAUGCUCUUCAACGAACAAGCCAUCCUCUCCAUUCUCACCCCCGAUCUAAUCCCCCACCUCCGCAACAAAACCCUAGUCAACACCUCCUCCGUCUCCGUCCCCUUCAGCCAGCACCUCAACACCUCAAUCACAACCGCAGGCGGCACCUUCAUCGAGAUGCCCGUCAGCGGCAGCAAAAUCCCAGCCCAGCAAGGCCGUCUAGUCGGCAUGCUAGCCGCAAACAACCCCUCCCUCGCAGACAGCAUCAGACCUUACAUCCAGCCCAUGACCAGCGCAGCCAUCUACUGCGGCCCCGUCGGCUCCGGCCUCAAGAUGAAAUACGCUGUCAACACCUUCCUCAUCACCGUGACCGUCGGCUUGGCCGAGGCCGCGAACCUGGCUUCGGCACAGGGGCUGGACCUUGACGCCUUUGGGCAGGUGCUCGAGGCUGGGCCGAUGGCCUCUGCUUACUCAAAGCUUAAAGUUGACAAGAUUCUCAGGGAGGAUUGGUCAGCUCAGGCUACCAUAAAGGACUGCUACAACAGCACUCAGCUUAUCACGGCCGCUGCGGAAGGUACAGGCGCCGAGACUCUCCUGACCCAGUUGUGUGGCUCAUUAUACAAGCGGGCGAUUGAGUCUGGGUUUGCUGACGAAGACAUGAUAUCUGUGGUCAAGUGUCUGCCAAAAAGAGGCGAUGAAGAGUGUUGUGAUAAAAAAGGGGGCUUUCAAGGUUGA